CAAAAAUCCCAAUCUUUAGACACUUCUUCGACCCGUCGCGAUUGCUAUGCAAGCUCGAUACACUCAAAUAGCAUUUUCACGCUGAAUUGGCGACCAUAGAACAUUACCAUGCCAUCCCGACAGACGUGCCUGCUCGAAGGCUUCCUCAUUGUGACUCUCAUCACCACAAGUCAGGCCAUGACACGCUACGUUGGCGACCCGACCGAUUACUCCACCCAGAACAUAUCGCAAACCUGCGGUGGGUUCAACCAAGAAAACUUUGACUUUGGCAAGUGUCCGCUGUUGAUGCGCUGCGUCCUUGAUGAGCUCCCUUCCGACGCAGCUGCUGGUUUUCAGAGCGGUGGCGCCAUCGCUGGCCUUGUGCCCACCAUACUCGCACUCGUCGCUGCAUCACCCCUGGAAUUGGUUCAGCUGGCCUUUCUCUCGCCGCAUCGUGCACUGGCUACUGUCUGCUUCGGCAUCGGUUUGCCAUCUGGUUUAUUCCGUCAGUUGCGAGCGACCAACACUAGUCUGACCGACGCGAUCCCUGCUGCGCCCAAGACCAGGCAAUGGAGUUUUCAGUUGCCUUCUUCAGCGGAACUCAAGAAACGAAAACCUUGGAGAAGCGCUGUGGUCACAUUCAUGGUCGACAUUCUAGUUCUGGGUCUGGCCGCCAUCGCUCUCUGGUUCAAUUAUCGGGUGGGCUCGAGAGUCAUGAUUACAUGGCGCUGCGAAUAUGGCUUUCUGAUCUUUAUGUGGCCUUGUGCAUGCGUCGUAUGGCUCCUGCUAUCGUUGUUGAUUCUUUGGCUUCUGAGUGAUUCGAUCAAGGUUGUAUUGAACAACAGGGAUGGACUCGAGGACUUUGGCCUGAUAAGACUUGCAAGAUUGCCUUAUCGGAACUAUGAGUAUUACACUGAACUUGAGAUUUCGAAGAAAUCAAUACUCCCCAGCUUUAACGCGACCCCGAAUACUGGUAGCAUACCCAGUCCGGUGGCGACAAUUGCAACGUCGCCUCCAGCAAUUCCCAAUCAUGUUGUCCCGCUAUCCGCACCGAUAACACCACCGAGUAGCGCUGGAAUGACAUCCACGCCAGCCGCUCCUUCUGGCGCGCCUGCCACCGCACCUACGACAGUAUCGUCAUCCCAAACUCAUGUCACAAUGUCUGCGACACCUGCCACUCCUGUGGCUCCUGUCACACCCUCUACGCCAGCCAACAAGAUCACUCAAACUUUGCACACCAUUACACUGUCGAUCAGUAUGCCUGAUGAGACGGGUAUUCGCAGCUGGAAAUGGUACGAGGCAACCAUUGAGACACUCGCAGUCGGAGUAUAUCUCUAUGCAACUUUUGUUCUUACAAGCACGCAAUUCCUGAGCGGCAAUACAGGUCUGACUUUUGUCACUAUAAUGGCGCUCUGUUCAAGUAUCGUCAGAAUUUUGGAAAACAUCUUUUGGACACCAAGAUAGGCAAAGUCAUGACUCAGAACAUCAGUCAUUUGUCAUCUUGUAGCUGUUAGUAGCCAGUUACUAGAGAUAGAUCGAGCUGAGAAUCUGUUAUUCUGUACGCACCCACAAACAAGG